AUGGACAAGGCGGGGCCGGAAUGCCAGACAAGGGAAGCUGUUGAUUUUGUGGUUGCGAGUGUAGGUAAUCGACCUUGUUUUGAAGUGAAGGAUUUUUCUGUAGGCGGUGAAGUGGUGUUAUGUGUGCCUGAUUUGUCACUUGCGGAGGGUUGCAGUACGGUUUGUGUUGAAGCUGAGGGGGAGUCGGUGAUUGAUUUGUAUUCAGAAGGGUGUGAUGAUUUUCGGAGGCAUAUGAUUGAGCAGGUGGGUGGUGAUUUGUUGGGUGUUGAGGCAGAGCUUCACGAGUUUUCCGAAUCGUUGGUAAAGCUGGGCGAGCUUAUAAGGGAUGGGAGGAUUCCGCAUCGUCAGCAGGAGCUUGUUGAAAUGUAUGUUGGCUGCGUUGAAAAUGGAGAUGAUGCACGGGAUUUGGUGAUGGAGUUGCAGAUGCUCGUGCAGGAGCAUAAGCGUCUCGUGGGGGUGAUGCGUGAGAAUCUCAUGGAACUGGGUGCUAGGGAGAAGCUGCUUCUGCUGAGACUUGAUGGCGUCGGCGAGGACCUUGCCUGUGCCGGGAAGGGGUGCUUGGCUGUCGAUGGGAAGAAUGAGGAGGAGCAGCAGCGCCGUGUUCUAGAAGAAAUGCAGUUGAAGCAUCAGAAUUUGUCAGACGCGUUGUUGUUUGCAGGAAAUGAGAUGAGGAUGUUGCAGGCGUUGCAGCAGCGUCGCGAUGAGUGUCUGUUGCGUACGCUACAAGAACACGCCCCUUUGUUCAUGACAACACCUUUGAGGAAUGCCGGUUUCAUGUCCAAUGAGUUGGAAACUGGUAUCUUCUUCAUGGCAGGCGGUGUGUUUCUGAGUGUUGUCUUUGGGACACUCAUGUACAAGCGGUACAGUCUGAUCUAA